AUGGUCGGGGCUGUUCCUAAUCGGAUUGCUACUCUCACUGUCCUGGUUGGCGGGCCGCGUGCGGUUCGGCCUCCUUCCCGUGCUGCUAGUGUGCCUGUGUCCAAGCGACAGAGGGUGCGAGAGGUCAAGGCUGCGCGGGUGGCGGCGCUACAGGCGGUGCUGCAGCGGCAUCCCAUGGGGGACUCGGAGACGGCGCACUGGCUUAACGCGCUCGUGCAGCGCGCCUGGCCCGUCUUUCUCGAGCGCCUGCUGUCCACUCAGCUCGCCCCCGCCCUCGCGCCCUGGUUCUUUGAGAAAUACCGCCCCUGGCAGGCCGGGGUGGGAAUGGGUGCAGUGGGGUGGGAAUGGGCGCACUGGCUGAACGCGGUCGUGCAGCGCGCCUGGCCCGUCUUUCUCGAGCGCCUGCUGUCCACUCAGCUCACUCCGGCUCUCGCUCUCUGGUUCUUCGAAAAGUACCUGCCCUGGCAGGCGGCGGUGAGCUGGGGUACAGGGGGCGGGAAUGGGUGCAGUGGGUUGUGGUUGGGCCAUAGGGGCUGGCAGACGCGCAAGGCGUGGUUAGAGCGGGUGUAUCUGGGCAGUUCGCCGCCCGUCAUUGCUGCUGUCAGGGUCGUGCACACCAACACUCUUGAUGACCACGUGGUCAUAGAGGCAGCCACGGAGUUUGCAGCGUGCACCGACAUGUAUGCCUUGGUGGGGGUGAAGAUGAGGCGUCGCGUGGCACUGGGCAUGGUGGCAAAGGGGCACGUGUCGGGCGUGCACAUAGAAGGGAAGGUGGGAUGCAGGCAGGAUGUGGAGGAGACAAGGAUCGGGAUGAGGUUCACCUCGGAGUUUCCGUACGUGAGUCGCGUGCGAGUGAGCUUCGUGGGGGCGCCGUUCAUCGGGCUCAGUGUCAAGCCCUCAGCCCACCUCGGAUUCAACCUCGCUGACCUGCCCUUCUUCAGCUCCUGGCUGGAUGAGAUGCUGGCAACAGCGUUGGAAUCCUCAAUGGUCGCACCCAACAUGCUCGUCCUCGACGUCGCCCGUCUCGCCCACCUCUUUCUCUCACCCUCACCCGCCGCUUCCUCUCUUCCGCACCCCCCUCACCCUUCACAUCACUCCGCACACCACCCUCACCGUCCGCACUGCCCUCACUGCACGCACUGCUCCGAGCAAGCAAGCCAGGCAGCAUCCGCUGCUGUCUCACCUGCUCCCACUGCCAUUUCAAAUGUUGCUUCUUCUGUCCCCAUCCCAACCUCCCCGUCCCAGCCCCAUCCGCUCCCCCCACUCACCGCCGCUCUCCACGUGGACUCCUCCUGCCCAGUGGCCUUCGUGGCCGUCGAGAUCAUCGAGGCGCGGCACUUAAAGCCCGCGAACCUGGACGGCACGUCGGACGCGUACGUCAAGUGCGCACUCGGAGCGGCGCGCUUCACGACGCGCAUCGUGUGGGGGUCGUUAGAUCCGCAGUGGUUCGCCGAGUUCACGGCGCCCGUGUUCUCGUGGCGUCUGAGCAACCUGCUCGUGCUGAGAGUGCUCGACAAAUCCUUCCUCUGCUCCAAGGACCUCGGUGUUCUCGUGGCGUCUCAGCAAUCUUCUCGUGCUGAGAGUGCUGAACAAGCCUUUUCUCUGCUCCAAGGACCUCGGUGGUUUGCCGAGUUCACGGCGCCAGUGUUCUCGUGGCGUCUCAGCAAUCUUUUGGUGCUGAGAGUGCUGGACAAGCCUUUUCUCUGCUCCAAGGACCUCGGGUGCCUGGGGUGCUUGCUCCUGGCUCUUCGUUCCGUCCGUCCCUCCCUCUGUCACUCUCUUUCCCCUUCCUUCCACUGCACCAGCUAUUGUGUGGUGGACGUUGGGAGCUAUUGUGUGGUGGAUGUGGGGAGGUAUCGGCGGGGUGGCAGGCGGGAGAUGUGGGAGACGUUGAGAGGGGUGGGGCGCGGUCGAGUGCGGUUGGCGGUGACUGUGAUCAGUACAGAGGAAGCGGGGAGGAGGGAGGAGGAGGAGGUGAGGGGGGUGAGAAGCAGGGAGAGUGAGGGGGGUGAGAGGAAGGAGGGAGGAGCGGAGGGGGGUGAGGGGCGGGAGGGGAAUGAGUGGCAGGCGGGUGGGGAGGGUGGGUCAGGAAGAGGGUCUGAUGCUGGUGGUGGGGGUGGGGGGAAGGCAGUGGAGGGGAGUGAAGGGAAGAAAGAGGGACAUGGUAGGUCGAGGAAGGCAAGUAAUGGGGAGCAGAUGGGACUGCGACGGAGGAUGCGUGGGAGGAGGAGAACGGGAGGGGAGUCAUUAGACUGGGAACAGGAGACUCGGAAGAAGCAGGAGGAGAAGGGGAAGGAGGGUAGGGGGGAGGAGGAGAGAGGGAGAGUGGAAGAGGAGAGGGGGAAAAGGGAUAGAGGGGAGAGCGAGAAAGGUGAGGGUGGGAGGGGCGACGAGGUAAUAAACUCAGAAAACGAUGGUGGCGUUGGAGAUGGCGGUGGUGGGAAUGGUGGUGCUGCGACUGGUGGUGAGAGGGAGGGGAGGGGCGGCAGCGCGGGCCGGCCAAGGCUGGACCACGGCUUCCCUCUCAAUCGCCCCAACCUGCUUCCGCCAAUACGCGUCAGCCACGUGGCAGAACAUGACAGGCCGCUGGUCACCGACACAAGAUACGAUUCUUUGCGGCGUUUCCGCCCUUCUACCUCGUUCCUGACUGCCCCUGGGUCGUUCGAAGGGCCGCAUCGACGCUCUCUGCUGGCCCCAUUCAGUGGGGCGCAUGAGCAUGAGCAUGAGCAUGAGCAUGAGCAUGGGGGCUUCGCGAUGAUGUCUCCUUACAGUGGCCCACAUGGGGGUUCUCUCACUGCUGCUGCCUCCUUCAGCGCUCCUACCACUCCCACUGGCAGGGGCAGAGGCAGAGGCAGAGGGGGCGUGGGAGAGGAUGUGGUGGAGGGGGAAGGAGGAGGAGGAGGGCCGUACUCUCCUCUCGAAGGCUUGUCUGGUGGUGGUGGUAACGCUGCUGCUGCUGCUGUUAGUGCCGGCAGAGUGUCCGGCACACACAAAGGCAACCCUGUGAGUCGCAUCAAAAGCAUCCACGCAGCAAGCUCAGCAGGCAAGCACACCCCCACCACCACCUCCUCCUCCUCCUCCUCCUCCUCUUACCACACCGGCCACACUCCCAACUCUGGCAUUUACUUCGUGACUGAAAAUGGCAUUGUGGAUGGCACAGUGGAUUCGUAUGAAGGGUUCGCCACAGCAGGGGACUUGUGGGGGGGGAGCGAGGAGGGCGGGGAGGGGGAGGAGCCUCCCAGCCCGUGUUUGUCGGAGCCGUCGCUGUCUGUGCUGCGAGGGAUGGCGUCAGGACAGGCCCUCGGGUGGUGGGGUGACGAGGUUGGGGAGGGAAAGGAGACGGUUGACACGGCACAGGGGAGAGAAGAGCCUUCGCCCUGGCAGCACCAACGACAGCAGCAGGAGCAGUCACGGCCGCGGCCGCGUUUGGAGAGAAAAGCAGCUCUUUCUUUUCGCACGCGCAUGCAGCUGGAGCGACAGCAGGAGCAGCGCGAUUCAGAAGCAGCCGAAGCAGCAGCGGCUGCGGCACACGCCGAAGCAGCGGCCGCUGCUGCCAGCACAGCCCGCCAGCUGGACAGAGACGAGCUGGCGCUCCUCUCUAGGCUCCACGUGGACCAAUCAGAAGAGGUCAGCAUCCAGGGGGUCCCGGCAGGUUCGGGGAUCUUGAAGGUCGUUCGGCCCGGAGCUGACCCCGGGCCCGAGGCUUGGAAGUGCCGGCAGGGAGGGAGGAAGGCUGAGGCUGAGGCUCGGGAAAGGUUUGUGGAGGAGGAGCAGGAGGGGACGGUGCUGGGUGGACUGGUGAAGGCUUAUCUGAGUGAAAGCUUGCACGGGGGGAGAUUGGGUAGUGUGAGUAGGUCACAGGAGAAUAGAGCGGUUAGGGAGGAUGGUGGGAAGGUGGGCUCAACUGGGGAAGAGCGGAAACGAGGGGGCUGGAGGGGGUUGUUCAAACGAUGGAAGAAGGGGAAGCAGGAUAGUGUGGCAGGCACAGAUGACGCAGCAGGGGCAUCAGCGGGGGAUGGCUUGGCUACAGGCGGAGUGGGUAAGGAGGAAAGGGAAAGAGCGAGGGAGGAGCACGUGUGGGAGAGGAGAGAGGAGGGAGUGGAUAAGAAGAAUUUUGAAGAAAUGGAGGUGGAGGACGAGGGCGAGGUGGAGGAGGAGAGGGAUGCUUUGGAGGAGGAGAGGGAGGCGCUAGAGGCAUUGGCAUUGGAGAUGUUGGACGGGUGGCAGGACGAUGUGGUGGGAGGGGAUGCUAUCAGCAGGAGCACCACCUCUGCUACCUUCCCCUCGCAGAGCCAUCUGCGCUUCACUAGAGAGCUCAUCAAAGCGUGCCACUAG